UUAACCUCAGCUCUCAGGUCGUCGUUGCACGUUCGUUAUUUGUCAUGAGUGACACGGAGGCGCGCAGAAACAGCAAUAGUCUUUAUGUGACUUUCCAUCGUUGAAGUCUGCGACAGUUCAACGCAAGUGGCUGAAGAGCUGAGAGGUAAAAUGACUUCUCAAACUGCGAAGACAUUGCUCUCACUGGAUGCUGAAGCGGUCAGCACGCUCAAAGACGGAAUCAACUUCAAGAAAAGCCCAGAAGACGGGAAAUGUUACAUCAUAUACAAGAGCAACGAUGGCUUUAAAGCAUGCAAGAACCAGUGCAAACACCAAGCAGGGUUAUUCAUCAAAGACAUUGAAGACUUGGAUGGAAGGACUGUCAAAUGCACCAAACACAACUGGAAGCUGAAUGUGUCAUUGAUGAAGUACGUGAACCCUCCUGACAGCUUCCUACAGGAUGAGCUUGAGGUGGAGCUUAUGGAGGAUGGAGGGCUUCAGCUGGUUGAAUUGACCCCGGUGGAUCCCUGGCUUGCAGACCCUCGAGUGUGUCAGGAGCUCCAGGAAGGAGAAGUGAAGGUGACAUACAUGACCCACGCCUGCAUGGAGCUGAAGCUUGGCGAGAAGCGCUUCAUGUUCGACCCGUGGCUGAAGGGUCCUGCUUUCGCCCGAGGUUGGUGGCUUCUGCAUGAGCCUCCAGCUGACUGCAUGGACAGACUGUGUGCAGCAGACCUCGUCUACAUCAGCCACAUGCACUCAGACCACCUCAGUUACCCGACCCUGAAGGUCUUAUCAGAAAGGAGGCCAGAUCUCCCCAUUUAUGUUGGUGACACAUCCAGACCUGUCUUUUGGUAUUUGGAGCAAAGCCAAGUAAAGCUGACCAACAUCAAUGUGGUCCCUUUUGGUGUCUGGCAAAAUGUUGAUGAACACCUGAGAUUUAUGAUCCUGAUGGACGGUGUACAUCCUGAAAUGGACACCUGCAUCAUCGUUGACUAUAAAGGUCACAUGAUCUUGAACACCGUGGACUGCACCAGGCCAAAUGGGGGCAAACUCCCGGAGAAAGUGGAUCUGAUGAUGUCUGACUUUGCUGGAGGAGCGUCUGGAUUCCCCAUGACCUUUUCUGGAGGGAAAUACACUGACACCUGGAAGGAAGGGUUCAUCAAGAACGAAAGGAAGAAGCUGCUGAAUUACAAAGCUGAUCUGGUAAAGACUUUGGAGCCCAGGAUCUACUGCCCGUUUGCUGGCUACUUUGUGGAGGCUCAUCCAUCAGACCGAUACAUCAAGGAUACCAACACUAAAAACAAGGCAGAGGACCUCAAUGCACUCAUCAAUAAGGUUGCACCAAAUAUCAAGACAUGGACGCCCAAGCCAGGUGCUGUCCUGGACCUUGCCCUCGCUCUCAAAGACCCCAAUGACAGUGAGGCCAUCAUCAAUCCCCCAGCCAGUGCAAAAAUCUACAAGGACGACUGGGAUUUCCGCUUGUAUGUGGAUGAGCUGAACAGUGCCAUCAGCAGUGAGAUAUUUAGGCAUCGAAGCUGGAUCCAGUUUUAUUACACCUGGGCAGGCUUUCAAAACUACAACCUUGUUGUGCGGGUGAUUGAGACAGACGAUAACUUUGAACCCAUCCGUGAAGGCUAUGACUACCUGGUGGACUUUUUGGAUCUGUCCUUCCCCACCAAGAGGCCUGACAGAGAGCACUCCUACCUGGAGGUCAAAAACAGAAUCGGGGUGAUGAGAUCGCUGGUGCUGCACGGCCAGCUCUGGGACGACCUCUACAUCGGAUUCCAGAACCGCAUAAGUCGAGAGCCGGACAUCUACCACCACAAAUUCUGGAACCACUUCCAGAUAGAGCUACCACUUCAAAAACCAAACUGGGACCAGUUCCUGCAGCAGGUUCCUGCAAUCAAGGAUCCAGACACACAGAGUUACUGUACACUGUCAUGAACUGGAUGAAUCACAUCUGAGACAAAGUGCCAGCUUUUAUUUUUAGUUCAUGAUAACAUCCAUGCCAGCAAGGCAAUCAAGCUCCUCUGAUAAGACUGUGACCUGAGAAAAGAGGUGAUGUUGACAUGAAAACAAUGUGAGAUAAAAAAAAAAAAGUAUAUGUUAUGCUAAGUAUAUGUUAUAAAGUAAGAGCUGAUGUAAAGGGAGUGGACUAUUUUCACUAAAUCAAAAUCACUGAUUUAGAAAAGUUUUAUGCCUCCCACAAAUCAAACCGUUCAAGCUGUGUCAGUAGCAACCAAUAUGCCUCCAUAACUGAGUUAAACUUGCUGGUAUUACUCAGAUUAAACCAAACAUUUUCAAGACCUUAACUAUGUAGAUUCUCUGUCAAAUCUUAUAUUUUUUACAUAUUUUAUCUGUGUUGCACUGUCGUUACCUUUUCCUUUUCUUUCUCCAGACGAAUUUAAAAUAAACCAGACUUCUUUGGGGUGAUAUGAUAACAUAUAGUCCCUAAGAUUGUGUGAUAAGAGCCACGUCCCUGUGUUUGUCUUAACAACAAUGAGAUACCAAACGCAUUUUUCAGUUGUGAUCCAACAGUGCUGUCAUAUUUUACAGCUGCUUCAACAACUUCAUUAAAUGUCACAGCCCACUCUGAAUUAUCAUGGACUCAAAACAAGCAAGGCAUGAGUUUCAACACACCUUUAAACAGUUGUUUAGGCGGUUGUAUAAUGAGUCGCUGCAGCUUGGAUUAAAGUCAAAGACAGGCUAAAAAAGAUGCUGUGCAAAGCUAGUGCACUCGCUGCAUGUUGCUGUUAUUACAGACAACAGACUUAAGCCUUAUUCACAUGGGAUUAGUAUUAGUCAGGGGCUUCUGGUAAUUUGUAAAAAUUCUUCAGGACAUCUGCUUUUAUAAUUUGUGCAAAUUGAUCAUGUAGGUAAUUUGAAGAGGGAAACUUCCAGGGCAAACUACCUAACAUAUUUCAGCACCUGUAGGUCCACAGGUAAUACUUAUCCUUUUGUGAAUUUGCAUUUUUGUAAUUUAGGGUGAAAUCAGUUGUUUAGGCCAUUGUUUUAUGAGUCAUUGAAGUUUGUAUUCAAGCCAAAGACAGGCUAAAAGAGAUGCUUUGCAAAGCAAGUACACUCGCUGCAUGUUGCUGUUAUUACAGACAUCAGACUUAAGACCUAUUCGCACUGGAUUAUUUUUUAUUCACGAACUUCUGAUAAUUUGUAAUAAUUGCACACAACAUUUGAGUUUAUAAUGCCCUGUGAAUCAACCAUGAAAUUUGCAGAGUAAAAAUUCCAGGGAAGAUUACCUGUCAUGUUUCUGCACACAUAGGUCCACAGGUAAUCCCAUGCUAAUCGGCAUCUCUGUAAUUUAGGGUGGAAUCAGUUGUUGAGGAGGUUGUAAUGCAAGUUGCUACAGCAUGUAUUAAAACCACAGACAAGCAAACAGAGAUGCUUUGCAAAGUGAGUACACUCGCUGCAUAUUACUGUUUUAACAGACAUCAGACUUAAGCCCUAUUUGCAUGGGAUUACCCUUUGGUAAUUUGUAAUUAUCGCGCAGGACGUCUGCAUUUUUAAUUCCUGUAAUUUGCAAACAGCUGAUCUGCACAAGGAGGGUUGUUGUUAGGUCUGAAAAUCCAAAAUUAUAGAGUGCAGAGUAAUAUCAACAGCCUUAACUGCAUAAAACUUAAAAUGACAGAAAAGGUUCAUAUUUAAUACAAGACGUCUUUACCCCCUCAUAGAUAGAAGGGAUCCUUGAUUUCUUCUUCUCCCUCUUCCUUUCUAUCUGAUGAGCUGCAGGUACGCACAGGUGACUUGAUAUCAGCAUUGGCAAUAUGGCCUUAAAAUAAGAUCCCUGGUUUUCUUGCCCUUUUUGGUAGCAGUAUUAAAUCUUGGUAUUACAAAAUUAAAAGAGAUACACAUUUAUAAACAUAUUUACAUGUAAGAACCUCCCCCCCUCAAACAAACCUGUGAUAGCGCACUCAACUCAUGUCUGAAAAAAUGGUUUUAUAAGUCAUUCUUUGUGUUCACUUCUUUGUUACUGCACCUGUAGUUUUAAGUUUCAUUUCUCUCCUGUCGAGGCGUGUCAGACUUCUAUGUGGGCUGUCUCUGCAGAGACAAAUCUGAAGAAAAAACAGAAGUUUACAAGUUGCCAUUACAGCACUGAUAUCUAAAGGUCACGACAAACUUUACUUCUCUUAUCACCAUCAUAAAAAUAGUGAAUGUAAGGACUUCAGAGGGCUUUAACAGUAAUUUAUGUCCACUGGGGCCAACUUUGAGAAGCCACUUCAAUAUUUAACAAAACAGGGUGUAUAGGUGAAGUUGUACUCUAACCAUGUUUAUGCUGAAUACUUAAAAAUGACUGUUCAAAAAGGUUGCGAAUGAAGAGAAAAAUUCAAAGUGAUGUGAAAGUGAUGUUUAUUCAAAUCAGGGACAUAGUGAUUGUGAAGUUAUUAAAGCUUGUGUAAAUUCUUGUGAAAGAUAUUUAUUUUGUUCUGCCGAUUGAAGUUUGUUAAAUUCUAUAUUAAUAAUAUAAUAGUAUUAAAAAGAUUUCAUUUGUGUUUGAUGCACUUUACAAAGUUAACCAAAUACUGCUCAUUUUAGUCUUUUUUUUCUCUGGUGUUUUUGUUGCUGAAGCCUCUUCUGAUUUUAUUUAAGAUAGGCUAAGCCAGCCCCAAGACACACAGUACACUAAAAAAAUCUACUUUUAUUGAUAAAGCUCUAAAACAGGUCUAGGCCUUCUAACUAAACCACCUUUGUAUAAAUUACUUGUUAAAUGUAAUAAUAUGUAUGCAAAGCAUGGUAGGUUUUUUAAGCCAUGUGUGAGUAAGAUUUGUGUUGUUUUGUCACAAGGACAAACUACCAACUACUGGCCUGGCAUGUAAGCUACAAUGCUGUUGAAUGGAUCAGUUCCCUGCGUGAUUGCACACUAGAUUUUUCUGUCCCAAGCACUGAAUGUUUGAUUGAUGCAUGUACUGACUACCACUCUUACUAUUUGUA